AUGGAUCACGAACAGACGGAUGCCCACCGGCGUCCGAAGAAGCUAAUAUUCGCACCAGGCGAUAUUGCACCAACCUCGAAUGAGGCCACUCCAGAACCCCAACCCCCAGCAGCCCCCGCUGCAGCAAAUCAGAUUGCAGAAGCUCUCCGCACCGCAGCCUCCACCCCAAACUCCACAACGGAAACCGAAGUGCUCUCGCAUGCCGCACGAGCACACCAAUUCGGCACAAAUCCACCCUUAACAAUCUCCCAAAUCCACGGCACAAACCCACUGCACCAAUUCAACACCUGGUUCCGGGACCCGCGUCUCCCCGCCUCCUCCGCCCCAGAAACAUGUACCCUAUCAACAGCAUCCAUGCCCUCCGGCCGCGUCAGCGCACGCAUCGUAUACCUCAAAGAACUUGAUGAGCGCGGCUGGGUCGUCUACAGUAACUGGGGUAGUCGGGAAGGCAAAGGCGGACAGGUCUUCGGCCUGGGCGACGACGCCGAUACACUCGGCGCCAUGCCAGAACCAACUACCAUUACCUCUGAGAUUGGGACUGGCAAUAAAUGGGGCGCACUGACGUUUAGCUGGGCGAGUGUUGAACGACAGGUUCGUAUUGAGGGGUUGCUUGAGCCGCUUAGUCGGGAGGAGAGCGAGAUGUAUUGGCGGACGCGGGAGCGGGGGAGUCGGAUUGGUGGAUGGGCGAGUUGGCAGAGCCGGGUUUUGUGGUCUGCGGAGCCGGAGCAGAUGGAGGAGAAUCAGCGGAGGAAGAGUGUGGCAAUGUUGCAGGGGGCGUUUGAGGGGGCUUCGGUUGUGCCGGCUGAUAUUGAUCUGACGGAUGAUGAGGAUGGACGUGCGUUACUGGAGUCGAAGGUUAAGGAGAUGGAGGAGAGAUUUAAGGGAGUUGAUGAUAUUCCCCUGCCGCCCUUUUGGGGUGGUGUUAGGCUUGUGCCGGAGUCUGUGGAGUUCUGGCAGGGUCGUCGGAGUCGUUUGCAUGAUCGAUUCCGGAUAUAUAAUUAUAUCUCGCCCGCAGCUAUGUCCACCUCAACACCCCAAUCGACCUCUCCCUCCUCUACAUCCCCCUGGAUCAUCCUCGCCAUCACGAGCGGCGCAUUUGCUGCAUUGAACGGUGUUUUUGCGAAAUUAACCACGGACGACCACACAACGGCAUUCGCCCAAUCCCUCGCCCACCUCUUCGGUCUAGACUCAUCACCCGUGAUCGAAAUGCUUACUCGAGGUGCAUGUCUCGGCCUAAACGUCCUCUGCAACAUAAUAAUGUGGGCACUCUUCACACGCGCGCUAACAGCCGGCCCGUCCACGGUUAAGGUCUCCAUUACGAAUACAGCGUCGAAUUUCUUGGCGACGGCGCUGUUUGGAAUGAUUGUUUUCCAGGAGGCUGUUGGUGGGCUUUGGUGGUUGGGGGCUGCGAUGAUGGGGGCUGGGUGUAUUUUGGUUGGGAUGAGGGAAGGGGCUUAG